CAGUUCGGCCACGUCCCUGGCCACGUCGCGCCCGCUCUCGCCAUCUUCGCCGCUUCCUCUCAGGGGCCGUCGCCGCCGCCGCCUGAGCUGCCGAGCCCCGGGCCGCCGCGCCGACCGCCGCCGCCAUGAACAUCUUCCGGCUGACGGGGGACCUGUCCCACCUGGCGGCCAUCGUCAUCCUGCUGCUGAAGAUCUGGAAGACGCGCUCCUGCGCCGGUAUUUCUGGAAAAAGCCAGCUUCUCUUUGCACUGGUCUUCACAACUCGUUACCUGGAUCUUUUUACUUCAUUUAUUUCACUAUAUAAUACAUCUAUGAAGCUCAUCUACAUUGCCUGUUCCUAUGCCACGGUGUACCUGAUCUACAUGAAAUUUAAGGCGACCUACGAUGGAAAUCAUGAUACCUUCCGAGUGGAAUUUCUGGUGGUCCCUGUGGGAGGCCUCUCCUUUCUAGUCAAUCAUGAUUUCUCUCCUCUGGAGAUUUUGUGGACCUUCUCCAUCUACCUAGAAUCAGUGGCUAUCCUUCCUCAGCUCUUCAUGAUCAGCAAGACAGGGGAGGCGGAGACCAUCACCACCCACUACCUGUUCUUCUUGGGCCUCUACCGAGCUCUCUAUCUUGUCAACUGGAUCUGGCGCUUCUACUUCGAGGGCUUCUUUGACCUCAUUGCUGUGGUGGCCGGUGUUGUCCAGACUAUUCUCUACUGUGACUUCUUCUACCUGUACAUUACAAAAGUACUCAAGGGAAAGAAGCUCAGUCUGCCAGCGUAAGUGCCAAAGACCAUCCCCAGCCUCUGUCCUUCAGGGUGCUCGGACAGAAUUCUUACCACAGCAAAGGCACAAGAUGCGUGAUGCGGAAAAUCAGAACCUUAACUCUUUUGUUGCAAAUAGUCAUCAGUGGCUCUGUAAGAACCCAGAGGAAAAGAACCAGAAGGUUUCUGUUUAAUGCAUCUUGCCUUAUCUUUUUUUAUUACUAUGUACAAAGAUUUUUUUACAAAAAGAAACUUAAUGCUGUAUUAAUAAAUUCAGUGUGUAGCUUCAAUUGGGGUAGUUCCAAAAGUGAAGAUUUUGUGAGGAAUAAGUGCAAACUUUUUUUUUUUUAAUUCUUUGAAACUGUUGAUUCUUUGUGUCUGCAAUGGAAUUGUACUCCUUGACAGUUGGUAGAUUGUAUAUUCUUCCAUCUAUCAAACUUGCAUUCCACUAUAUUUAUUUUUUGCCAAAAGAUGAGUACUAUUUGUUUGAAAUCUGAGACACUAUGUUCAAUUUGAUCUAUCUUUGUUCAAAUCUCUUCACACCUAAUGUGGAAAUCCUUCCUUGGACAUCACAACACUACAUGUAAGGCUGGUAAGGAUGACUCACAAGCUUAUGGUUUUCAUUACCAAAAUUUUCGGAUUCUGAAUGUAGAUGGAGUCUCGUUCAAGAGUCACCAAAGGUGCCCGCCUCCCUCUCCCGCUAAGAAUGAGUUUGAGACUGUCCGAAGGGUGUCAGAGAACUCAGUGGGCAGGGGCUCUGGGCUGCUUGCCAUCUAAAUGUGGGAUGUGAGGGACAUUAAUGAUUAUGUUGGAUCUAGGACUAUGCUCCUCUGAGGAAUGGAAUACAAGUUAGUCACCUAUCACUUUAUUUUACAGUUCCAAAAGCUUACUACAACCGUGUCCGUGCUCAGAUUCAAAUGGUUUUUCAUAUCACUUUCGGGUAGUAAAAUGAUUUACAGUUUUUUCUUAAUUGGCAGUACCAAUUGCCAUUCCUUAUACUCUUUGAUUUUUUUUUUUUUUUGGUUUUUGUUUUAUUUUUACUGAGCUCUUGCAUGAUUUAUCUUGUGUUACCAUCCUAAAUAAACAUUUUAUUAAAUGUAGAAUAAAUUGUCCUUUUUUUGUGAAUUAGGCUUUUGGAACAUCCUAUGUCAGGAUGAUUUUUUCAUUUUUCAAUUGGCAACAAAAGCUCCGUAUAGGGCCGCAAGCAUUUAUUGUCCACAAAUUAAUCUAAAACUUUCUGUAUUUUAAGGGAAAAUUGGAAUUUUUCCUCCUGAUUUUGCCAUUUUAUUGAUUUGCUACAUUUUUUUGAUUUGUGCAAAAGCAUAUGACUUUGUUUUUAUAUGAUGCACUAUAAAUGUUAAAGUGUUGAAUACUAACAGUGCUUACUACAAGAAGGAUGUAGUAUUUUUGCUUGCUGCAUUAAAACAUCUUGUGAAGAAGGGAGCUAGAUGGGUUUUAUUUUUAUCUAGUGUGUCUCUUAACAUCUUUCUAAAGUGGCAGGGUGCCUGCAGAGUUGAACCUCUUGUCUUGAUCUUUUUGUUGUGCCCCGUCCCGUCGCCCCCCGCAGCCCCCCCACCGCCGUGCCUCAUGGUUGUCCUUUUUGUGUAUCUGUAUCUUCCCAGCAUUCUAGUCUUGGUUUAGUUUCUGUUUUCAUCCUCCUUGGAAGAUUAUGAGAGCGUGGAGGCAGGGCGGGAAGUCUCGGUAUAGUGGAGCAGACUGCCGCCCACACUGGGGGCGGGGUGGGGGGCUCACACCGUUUCUGUGCGUGUAAAUUAGACACAAGCUGGGAGCAUUGUAGGAGAGCACAACGCAGACGAGGAUCUGGGACCUCAGCAGGCUGCCUGACUUCGGAAGUAUCAGUGUCUUCUCUAGUUAUCCUGCCCAUGUAAAAGUGAAACUGGCUAAGAUGUUACCACGAUUUUGCGCCCAACCAGGAUGACAUCUUAAAUAGGGUGGCUGAGUGGGAAAGUGCGGGACUGGGGCAGCGUCCUCACACACAUAGGAAACAAAGGCCUUGUAUCAUGCGCCUUACAAAGCACUGUUUCAAAGUUCCUUUCACUUCUCCAAUAAAGGUUAUCAGGUAAUUAAUA